AUGGCUGGGUUGAAGUUAUUGAAGUCGCUUGCAUUGCAUGAUGAUAAGUGCUGGAGCGUCGACGUUAAUAAUGGUGGAAUUAUGGCAACUGGAAGUACCGACAGAAAGAUUAAACUAGUUGAUAUACGUUCUUUUCAAAUUAUCGAGGAAUUGGAUGAUACUGCACAUAAGAAGACUGUUAGAAGUGUUGCGUGGAGGCCUCAUUCUAAUAUCUUGGCUGCUGGUUCGUUUGAUUCCACUGUAUCGAUUUGGGGCAAGGACGAUGAUGGAUACAACGAUGAGAAUGAUCUGGAAACGGAGUUAUUAGCCAUUAUAGAGGGUCAUGAGAAUGAAAUUAAAUGUGUGGCAUGGUCUCAUGAUGGUGAAUUAUUAGCUACUUGUUCGAGGGAUAAGAGCGUUUGGAUUUGGGAAGCUGAUGAAAUGGGCGAAGAGUUCGAAUGUAUCAGUGUUCUACAAGAACAUUCACAAGAUGUAAAGCACGUAAUAUGGCAUCAAUCGCUUCCCUUAUUGGCAUCCAGUUCCUAUGAUGACACGGUGCGUAUUUGGAAGGAUUGUGAUGAUGAUUGGGAAUGUUGUGCUGUACUUAACGGGCAUGAAGGGACUGUGUGGUCUUCAGAUUUCGAGAAAUCUAAUUCCAACGUCAGGCUAUGCAGUGGUAGCGAUGAUGGGACCGUCAGAAUAUGGUGUCUCGAAGAUGAUAACGGAGAAUACGAGCAAGAAUGGAUCCAAGAAUCAAUUCUACCGAAGGCUCAUACAAGGGCAGUCUACAGUGUUAACUGGAGUCCUAAGGGGUAUAUUGCUAGUACCGGUUCUGACGGACGUCUAGUUAUAUACAAGGAAUCGGAAGAUGGCUGGAUAGUUGAGUGCAUUCACGAAUUAACACACGGAGUUUAUGAAACAAAUAUGGUGAAAUGGGUAGAGUAUGGCUCUAAAGAUGUCAUCUUAUUGAUAACUGCUGGUGACGACGGUCAUGUUAACGUAUGGAAAUUCGAUGAGAAUUAG